AUGCCGGGGGGAUGGUGGCGGCCGCGCGACGGCGGGGUGGUUCCCGUACCGGCGCGUCACCGUGGCAUCUGCAUCUGCAACCUCGUCGCCGCGCUGCUCGUGCUCCGCUCUCUCAUCCCCUCCUUCGGCCCCGCGCCCGAGCGGCUUGAGGACGUGCGGUACACGGAGGAGCAGAUUAGGAGGGUGGAGGAGUCGAUCCGGAUUUGCCGCGAAGCGGAGCCCGUCCAGCUUGUGCAGGCGGUGAAGAAGCUGCGGAAGGUUUUUGCGCGGGUGGAGAAAAGGCGGAAGGAGCUGCCGCUGGAGCUGAAACUGAAGAUAUAAUCAGGGGUAGAGGGAGAGCAACAAGAAGAGCAUCUUAUAACACAGGAAUAUGGUCUGCUCAUUACAUGUUGUCUGGAGACGAUGAGCAGCAAAUAACUGCAAUUCCUGAUCUGAAUCCAUUUGUACCAGUUCAUAGUGGAGAAGAGGAAGAAGUGGUUGUCACUCAAAAUGCACCAGGAAGAUAGGUAGCUGCGUGUUGGUUAUCUUAAGAGGCAAUCCAUUUGCACUUGUUAUCUGAACUAGAUGAAUCUGUAAUGGCAUCUUUCCAAUGAGCUGAACUAGAUGAAUCUGUAAUGGCAUCAUAUUCUGUAAACCUGGAACAUUUUCCAUUAACUAUUAGCUGAGCAACAUUACCUCAAUUUACUACUGAGAUAGAUAAACAUUCUAUGAU